AUGCCUUGCUCAGCGGUAACUUUGUCUAUAGCGACCAUUACAGCAAUCGUUGCUGCUGCUCUAAUGGCUAUAGCAUUUUCAACGGAUAACUGGCUUUAUAUUGAAGUCAAACGUUCUAACAUACAGACAUAUGCAGCUGACAACUCGGCAGGCAACUCACAAACGAUCUUGGAGAGUUUGAACAACAAGUAUUUCUUCUUCACGAGGACGCGAGGACUCUUCCGCAUUUGCUAUCCUAAGGAGCGGCCGCCUUCAGUGGAAAUCUAUCUGUCACCAGUGGAAACACACUGUAGCAAUGUGGACUACUUCAUACCUGACGAAAAUAACGAAACUAAAGGACUCUCCGACGACGCGAUGAACAGGCUACAUAUGGCGCGUUCGACAGUUGCUCUCUUCAUCGUGGCUUUCUUGUCGCUCUUUAUCGCUUUCUGGACUGGCGUCGUUGGCUGCUGGAAGCGCAGCCCUGGCAACAUCACCGCCACUGCCAUACUCAUGCUUGUCACAUGUUUAUUAGCAGCAGGUGCGAUGGCAUUAUGGCACGGAGUGGAAUUCUAUGAGAAGGAGAAGGUUGUAGGCGAAGAGUUUUACCAACAGUGGCCCAAUAUAUUACGUGACAACUCUCGCGUGUGGUACGACUGGUCGUACAUGGUCGCGUGGUGCGGCGUUGGCCUAUCGUUGCUGUCGGCCAUCUUGUUCUCGUCGGCGGCCAUUUGCUUGCGCGGCGAGCGGGAGCGGGAGGAGGCGCUUAACAUGCAGUACCUGAUGCCGGUGUACCCCCAGAAACAACAGUAUGCCUACGCAGGAUACCCGCCACCUCAAGCUUACCCAGGCCCAUACUACCACGGAUCCCAGUACGGACCCUACAACUACUGA